AUGCCGAAAGUGCGUCGGAGUCGCAAGCAACCACCAGAUGGCUGGGAGCUGAUUGAACCAACGUUGGAAGAACUUGAGCAGAAAAUGCGCGAAGCCGAAACCGAACCGCACGAGGGAAAACGCAUUACGGAAUCAUUGUGGCCCAUCUUUAAGAUACAUCACCAGAAGACGCGAUACAUCUAUGAUUUAUACUAUCGCCGCAAAGCCAUCAGUCGGGAACUCUACGACUAUUGUCUUAAGGAAAAGAUUGCCGAUGGUAACCUCAUAGCCAAAUGGAAGAAGUCCGGAUACGAGAAUCUUUGCUGCCUGCGUUGCAUUCAGACGCGCGACACGAAUUUCGGCACAAAUUGCAUCUGCCGUGUGCCCAAGUCCAAGUUGGAGGAGGGACGCAUUGUGGAGUGCGUCCACUGUGGCUGUCGCGGCUGCUCCGGAUAAACCCGAAGAAUAUAUAGAAUUCUAUUGUAAAGUUUUUUUUUUUCAACUUAAUAAUAGCAUGUACAUUACUUUUAAGAUAAAGUGGAGUCCUUUAUAAAACCAAAUAGAUAAAUACAUACUUCACUUGUCAUUCAAAAUUGUCAGUGUAUUUAUAAUUCGCAUUAUGCGUCCAUGUAGCCGUAGAAUACUUUAUAUGUUAACUUUAUUGAUUGGCAUCGCGUCUAUGUUAGUAUCGGCGUAUUGCUUCUGGAAAGAACUAAAGUUUAAAAUAUCGAAAAACAAGUACUUCGCAAUAUUUCAUAUGACUUCAGCUGUUAUCUACUUCAUCAUAUCUACGAUCC